AUGCAUUUUGUUUCAGGUAUAGAACAACAAUUACAACAGCAGACGAUUACCAUUAGAAAAUAUGUCGGUACUUCGGCUACAGGCAGCAGCUGUGGCGGUGGUGGCGUUGUUGGUGGUGACACAGAGAGCACUCUUUCCAAUGUUACAUCAAUUCACUCACAAUUGCAAUCUCUCAACGAAACAGGUGAUGACGCACAAAAAUUCUACAAUAGUAGUCUAAUGAAUCACCAACACCAGCAGCACCAGCAGCAGCUUCAACAGCAGUUGCAUCAACCAGCCGGCAGUGAUAAAUUAAUAAGACCACAAGUGUUGCGUGCAAUGAACAAGCAUUCCGUGCUACUACAGGAACUACAUCAACGUCAGACGCAAGCAGCAGCAAGCAGAAACACACAACUAGCCACUGCAACUACUAACUUACAACAACACUUGGUAACCGGUUGUACAGCAACAUUGACUAUCACUACAAGCACAGUGACUGCUAACGCUAGCGCUGUGGCAACUGCAACAGCUACAGUGUCGGCCGCAGCUGCUGCUGCUGCCGCUUCGGCUGUUGUGUCGCCCAAUAAGGUGGCUACACAAAUGCCUAGUGCUGGCAGUGGCGGUGGCGGUGGCAAGACUGCAACUAUACUUGUUUCAAAAUCAAAAACUAAAACUGGUUUGCCGCUGCUACUUAAAAAUUCGAUUAACAAUUAACAACAAUUAGCCGGAAUGUACGUAAACAAAAGGAAAAUUAUAAAAAUUUGUAGUUUAAUCAUACAUACACACGAAUGUUUUCAAAACGUCUGCAAUUGUGACGAAACGAUGCUGAAAUUAAGUAAAUCAACGACCGAUAACCUGUGCCCAGUAUUUAAGAAUUUAUAUCCAUACAACACAUACACAUACAUCAUAUACACACACUGAUAUUUGCAUGUUUAUAUGCCUAUAAUUUACAUGUUUAUUUUCGUUGUGCAAUAUUUUUAAGUAUUUAUUCAGUUUGUAACGAUAAAAAAAAAAAAAACGAGUGGUAGCUGAGUAUAUAAACAAACGCGCAAAAUAUGUGGUCAAAUUGAAAGUGUAUGCUUUUAUGCAACGAUUGAAAAGUGCAGGCAGGAUAGCUGCGAAAUGAAGCAAAUAACUUAGAAUAUGAAGCAAAAAUUGCAUCGUUGAGCAGAGCAAAUGCAAGAGCUAAAUUCGUUUUUUGUGUUUUCUUUUUGGUUGUUUAUAAGUGAUUGAAUUGAAAAUUUUUCCUUAAAAAUUAAUUAUCGCAGUGCAUAUAGGCUCAGUGAAUAUUUUAAUAUAUGAUUUACAUUAAUAUAUAUAUAUAUAUUUGUAAAAAGCGCAAAGCUUUUAUCAUUAAUUUAUCUGGAACUAAUUUAAGUAAUUAGAAAAUCAGUGGAAAAGUAUUACUAGACAAAAGCUAUGCAAUUAAAUGAUUACAAAUUCGAAAAUUUUUACAUCAAUCGACUAAAAUUGCAAUUAGUAGUUAAAUGUAGCCAUGUUUGUUUUCUAUAAAAUUGGCGUUUUCGCAUUUUGAAGUGUCAAAAACAAGGAGAAAAAAAAAAAAAAACAAAAA